AUGAAGCGAAAAAUUUCAAAACUGGAUGAGGAAGAGGAGAGGUUGUCGUCGUUGUUAUUUAAUAAAUCCAAAAAAUUCACUGAAAAUAUAUCGUCUUCAUUAAAAAAAGAAACAGAUCUAGAUUUAAAGCCAGCUUGGAUUGAUGAAGAUGACGAUAAAUUUACUUCAGAAAUUAUUCCAGAUAUAAAGAGCAAAGAACUGUAUGUACAUAAACUAAAACAAAAAUUUGAAACACUGAUUGGAACUCCCGGAUGGGCUAAAGUAUCAAAUAAAUCUGAAGAUAAUGAUGAAAUAUUGAGAACAGUAGGCCAUUUGCAAAAACCGAAAUUAUCAGGCCUUAAAAAUAAUGUUUUAGAAAUAAAACCAUUUCCUAAAGUUAAUGCUGAAACUGGAAAUGAAGGUCCUAUCAUAAGUUCUGUAAUAUUUCACCCUAAAAUGAGCGUAGCACUUGUAGCUGGACAAUCUGGUAUAGUGUCACUAUUUUCUAUUGGUGGUGAUGUUAAUGACAAACUUCAUAGCUUUAAGCUAAAGAAGUGGAAAGUGUCAACUGCUCAAUUUACUCCUGAUGGAUCUGAAGCUUACAUUGCUUCAAAAUUUAAUCAUAGUUAUUGUGUUUAUAACCUUGGUAAAGCUGAACCUACAUUAAUUCAACUACCAAAAGUUGUCAAGAGACCUAUAAUUUUCCAAAUAUCAUUCGACGGUAAUUUCUUAGCUGCCAGUGAUGGUUUAGAUGAAGUUUUUAUAAUUUGUGCAAAAUCAAAAGAACUGCUAAGGUCACUGAAACAUAAUACAAAUGUUAUAUCUGUUACAUUUAGUCAUAAUUCUGAGCAAUUGUAUUGUUACGGAGCUCAAGGGGAAAUUACUAUAUGGGACCUUUCAAUGUACAGAUCCGUUAAGAAGUUUUAUGAUAAUGGUUGUGUGACUGCAUCAUGUAUUUCUACAAGCAAAUGUGGAAAGCUUUUAGCUACUGGCAGUGGAGAGGGUAUUGUCAAUAUAUAUGAGACAAAAAAUUUAACUACAACAGGACCUUUUCCAUUAAAAACAAUAUCAAAUUUAACAACUAAAAUUACUUAUCUAAGCUUUAAUUCUAGUUCAGAAAUAUUAUCACUUUCAUCGUCAUUCUAUCCCAAUGCAGUGAAACUCGUCCACAUACCAUCAUAUCAUGUGUUUAGUAACUUUCCGAAGCAAAACUUGUACCAAGUAGAAACUGUAAGUUUUUCACCAAACAGUGGUUAUAUGGCCCUUGGCAAUAACAAGGGCUGUGCCUAUUUGUACAGAUUGAAACAUUACAAAAAUUAU